AUGACACUGCCACUGCCCUCCCGCCCGCUCUCACCUGAGCCCCGCUCCCUUUCUCCCCUUCUCUCCUCUGCCCCUCCCUCCCUCCCUCCCUUGCCCCACCAUUCCCCCUACCCUUCCCCAUUUUUCCAGGUCUCUCAAGGCCACAGCAAUCGAUUCCUCCCUUCGCAUCGUUGCCACCGAAUCACUCCAGCCACUGUGCCGAACCUGCGAGAGAGGCUCAGCGAGGUGGUUCCGUCUCAUCAAUUGGUUGGUUGGCAGCGUGCACCAGUGCUACGUAGACAGUGGGUGGUUGGCAGCGUGCAUCAGUACUACGUGGACAGGCAAGGGCAUGUGCGGUGUGUGCUGUGUGAUUUUGUCUUUGAUGUGCCUCCAACCCUCAGAUGUGGUUGGCAGUGUGCAGCAGUACUACAGGUCCGUGCGUGUGCGGUGUGUGCUGCGUGUGCGGUGUGUGCUGCAUGUGCGGUGUGUGCUGCGUGUGCGGUGUGUGCUGCGUGUGCCGUGUUUGCUGCGUGUGCGGUGUGUGCUGCGUGUGCGGUGUGUGCUGCGUGUGCGGCGUGUGCUGCGUGUGCGGUGUGUGCUGCAUGUGCGGUGUGUGCUGCGUGUGCGGUGUGUGCUGCGUGUGCGGUGUGUGCUGCGUGUGCGGUGUGUGCUGCGUGUGCGGUGUGUGCUGCAUGUGCGGUGUGUGCUGCAUGUGCAGUGUGUGCUGCAUGUGCGGUGUGUGCUGCAUGUGCGGUGUGUGCUGCAUGUGCAGUGUGUGCUGCAUGUGCGGUAUGUGCUGCAUGUGCGGUGUGUGCUGCGUGUGCGGUGUGUGCUGCGUGUGCGGUGUGUGCUGCGUGUGCGGUGUGUGCUGCAUGUGCAGUGUGUGCUGCAUGUGCGGUGUGUGCUGCAUGUGCAGUGUGUGCUGCAUGUGCGGUGUGUGCUGCGUGUGCGGUGCGCGUUAACGUACCCAAGCGCGUUUCCGAUGAGAUUCGCGCGUUGAUGGAGGGGAAAAUUGCGGCGCGCAAGGACAAGGAGAAGGCGACGGAGGCGGCGAUCACUUCAGUGAGCGGCAAGAGCGGGGCGGGGCCAAAGCCGAAACGGGGGCGCAUGGAAGACUUCUACGGAGACGAGGGUCUCUCGUCCAAGCGGAAUGCCGACGAGGCGAUAUGCCUCUAUUUCGCGGGGAUGCGCGUGGCGGAACGGCAGUGCGAGAACCCACUCUUCCUCAACAUGCUUCGCGCCGUCGCCGCCGCCGGCCCCAACUACGUCCCUCCCAAGCGUGACUACGUCGGCGGCGCCGGACUCCUGGCGUGCAAGAAGAGGAUCGAGAAGGGAUUGGCGCCGAUUACCGACACGUGGGCGAAGACGGGCGUGACGAUCGCCAGCGAUAUGAUGACGGACAAGAGCGGGCGCGCGCAGAUGAACAUCCUGCUCCUCAACGACGCCGGUGCUGUUUUCGUCGAGGCGGUUGACUGCAAAAUGGAGCUGAAGAGCGGAGCGUUCGAGGCCGGCAUCUUGCGCCCGAUCGUGAAGAAGAUCGGCCCGGAGAAUGUCGUCGCGCUGUGCAUGGACGGUGGCAGCAACUACGCGUCGGCAUGCAAGUUGCUGCAGGCGGAGUGGCCGCACAUCGAGCAUGUGCCAUGCGCCACCCACGUGCUCGACUUGCUGAUGGAGGACAUCGGCAAGAUGGAGUGGGCGCGAGACGUCGUCGGCCGAGCGGGCGACAUGAUCACGUUUCUGCGCAUCCACCUGUGGACGCGCGCUUUUCUGCGGAGUCCGGAACUGCACGGCGGGAAGGCGCUGCAGCCGCUGCGACCGGCGGGCACGCGUUUUGGGACGCAGUACAUUGCCGUGUCUCGUCUUUGCCAGCUUCGCUCGCAGCUGCUGCAGAUGGUGGUGCAUGACGGCUGGAAGAAGAUGAAGGGGAAGAAGGGGAAGAAGGGGAAGAAGGGGACGAAGGAGAAGAAGACGACGGCGUGUGACUUCGAGGCGUGGGUGAUGGAUGUGGAUUGGUGGGAGAAAGCGGGGUUUUUGGUGCAGCUGAUGGAGGUGCCAUUCAUGGUGAUGAGGAGGACGGACUCGCAUGCGAAGGGGAUGAUGGGUGCUAUCUAUGAGAUCAUGCUGCAGCUGACGGAGGACAUGGCGAAGCUGCUGGAUGGUGAUAUGUGUAAGCUGAAGGAGGAGGAGAAGGAGGAGGUGCAGGAGCACUUGAGGCGCCGCUGGGACGAGAGUUUGGCGUGCCCCCUUCACGUGGUUGGCCGGAUCCUUAAUCCGGCCAACCAGCUGGAGGAGAUUUUCCUGCGUGACGUCGAGUGCACCAAGGUGAUGAGGGAGUGGCUCGCCCGCUCUAAGGUCUUUGUCGACAAGUUCUGGAAGGGGAAGAAGGGGCCGCACAAGAGUUUGCAGGAGGGGAUGUUGGCGUACAUCAACGCCACUGGGAGCUUCGGAUCGGAGGAGGCGAGAUUGGGGCGUGAGGAGCUGCAGGAUGGGAAGGGGGACAUGCUAGCGUGGUGGCAGUAUCACGGCUGGGAGUAUGCAGACCUGGCUGGACUUGCGCGCUGUGCGCUGUCCCAGCCAGUUUCCGCCGCCCCGUGCGAGCGGAACUGGUCUGUUUGGGACGGUGUGUACACGGCGCGCAGGAACAGGCUCGGGUCGGAGAAGGUCCGCGACCUUGUGUACGUUGCGCACAACUGGACAGUUGUGCACAACCAUCACAAGGGAGCGGCUGUUGCAGGGCCUAGUGGGGUGGGAAGGAAGGGGGGGAUCGUGGAGGGGAACAUUCCCACCCCCCCCCUCCCCGAGGGCUACAAGCUGGAGGAGGAUGGGGAGGUGGAGGAGGAUGAGGACGCGAUCUGUUUAGCUUCCCCCCAAACUGGCAAGUCAUGGCAUGGUCAGGGGACAAUUCUUGCAGCACCUCAAAUCUCCUGCGUUCCUCAUCCCUUCUUCCCCACCCUGCUUUCCUGCCCUGUUCUCUCUCCAGGGCCUGCCGGGUUUCUUUCGAGGGGUGGUGCCACGGGUGAUGAAGCGAUUACUCAGCAAGCACUCGCUAUCCCUCCCCUCCUUCCCCUCCUGCCCCUCCUUCCUCCUUCCCGUCCUGCUCCUCCGUUCCCUCCUGCUCCUCCGUUCCCUCCUGUCUCCUCCACCCCCCCAGUCUCAGGGCCUGCCGGGUUUCUUUCGACGGGUGGUGCCACGGGUGAUGAAGCGACUACUCAGCAAGCACUCGCUAUCCCUCCCGUCCUUCCCCUCCUGCCGCUCCUUCCGCCUUUCCCUCCUGCUCCUCCGUUCCCUCCUGUCUCCUCCACCCCCCCAGUCUCACGGCCUGCCGGGUUUCUUUCGAGGGGUGGUGCCACGGGUAAUGAAGCGAUUACUCAGAAAGCACUCGCUAUCCCUCCCCUCCUUCCCCUCCUUCCUCCUUCCCCUCCUGCUCCUCCUUUCCCCCCUAUCUCCUCCACCCCCCCAGUCUCAGGGCCUGCCGGGUUUCUUUCGAGGGGUGGUACCACGGGGCCUGCCGGGUUUCUUUCGAGGGGUGGUGCCACGGUCGCAGGGCCAGCCGGGUUUCUUUCGAGGGGUGGUGCCACGGGUGAGGAAGCGGUCAAUGCAGCAAGCACUUACAUGGACUCUCUUGCAGCACCUCUUGCCCAUUCGACCGUUUGA